AAGUUCCCUCCAAUCGUGCCAAAUGUGCGUGCGCACGGAAAUUCACUACGAGGACUCAGCCCAAGCUACCGCGCCAUCAUCUUUUUUAGUUUCUCGCACGAUAACGAAGUGGCCUGUGUGCUGUGAUGGACAGUUGUGUGUGUAAAUUAAAGUAAAAUUGGAGAGAGUGUGCUCCCAAUCACACCCACCACCGUGUUUUUUGGACAAGACAAGUGGGGUUUACGUGGAACCGGAACAUGGGUGUGAUUGAUGAUUUCGCCCCUAGUUUCGUGCAAAAGCCACAGCUGCGCCAGGAGGAUGAUGGCAAUCGCCUCAUCUUCGAAUGCCAACUCCUGGCCAGUCCUAAACCCGAAAUUGAGUGGCUGAGGAGUGAUCAGCUCCUCGUUGAGGAUACCCGUACCAAAUUUAAGAUCGUACCACUCAGUGAGGACAACAAAUACUCCGUCAUCCUCGACAUUGAUGAUGUUGUCGAGACAGAUGCCGGGUUGUAUCGCGUACGCGCGAAGAAUAAAAUGGGCGAAGUGGCGGCAUCGAUUAACCUCAAUUUCAGUCCUGCCGAUGAGCCAAAAGAAAAACAAAUCGACGGAGUAGCACCCACAUUCGCCAAGAAGCCCGCCAUCAGGCAAGAAGACGAUGGGAAGCGUCUACUUUUUGAAUGUCGCAUACAGGCCGACCCAAAGCCUACGGUUACGUGGUCACACAAUGGGAAUGUUGUGACCGAAACGCCACGGCACAAGCCAACAAUAAGUAAAGACGAUGGUCACUUCUACUUUGCAUCGCUGGAAAUAAAGAAUGUAACAGUUGAGGAUGCAGGAAAAUACAAAGUGACCGCAAAGAAUGAACUUGGCGAGAGUAAUGCAACGAUUAGUCUCAAUUUCGACAGCGAUGAGGCGCCCGUGCCAGACGAUGGGAUAAAGCCCACCUUUACCGAACGACCGGUCAUCAGGCAAUCGGACGACGGUGGCCGGAUAACAUUUGAAUGUAGAUGCGCCGGUGAUCCAAAGCCGAGCGUACUCUGGUACCAUGGUACGACAGAAAUCAAAGAUGGUGGCCGGUAUAGGAUAACCCUGGAGCCAGAUCAAAAGCUCUACCACAUGGCAAGGCUCGAAAUAAGUGGAGUCGUUAAUGGGGACCGUGGAGAGUAUAGGGCUGUUGCUAGGAAUAAACAUGGCGAAGGUGUGUCCACGAUUAAUCUCAAUUUCGAAGGCGGUGACAAGCCAAAAAUUCCAGAUGGCAAAUCACCCAGAUUCCCCAAAAAACCAACGAUACGACAAGAGGGUGACGUCCUCAUUAUGGAAUGCAUCCUUGAGGCUCAUCCUGUGCCCGAUAUCACAUGGUUUCGCGGCAGCAAUCUCAUAGCCGAUACGGGUCGUAUCAAAAUGUCUAGGCGUGCCAUAUCGCGUGAUAUGUACACGCUAACACUUGAAAUUUCAAAUCCAACCCGCGAGGAUGGCGGCAAUUACAGGUGCAACGCAUUCAAUAGCUACGGCGAAAGCAAUGCAAAUAUUGCACUCAACUUCCAAGGCGGUGACGAUCCAAAUGGUUUCGCACCGUCCUUCAUCGAGAAGCCCAGGAUCAUUCCAAACGAAUCAGGCUCCCUUAUUACCAUGAAAUGCCGUUGCAAGGCUAAACCCCAACCCGUUGUCACGUGGUACCGUGGACAGGAUGUCGUCAAGGAAUCCGCCAAGGUUGCCAUCCAAUCGACACAGUCCACUGCACCAGAUGAAGAAGACGUUUACGACCUCAUACUACAAAUACGCGACCCAAGUGCUCCCGAUGGUGGUACUUACAGGUGCCACGUUAAAAAUGAAUUUGGCGAAAGCAAUGCCAAUUUGAAUCUGAAUAUAGAAGCAGAACCCGAACCCGAAGGCGAUGGACCUACAUUCGUAGAGAAACCAAGAAUAGUGUCAGAGAAUAAUGGAAAACUCGUGAUAAUGCAGUGCCGUGUGAAGGCAAAUCCCGAACCGACUGUUGUAUGGACAAAAGAUGGCGAAACUGUACGCGAUGGUGGACGCGUGAAGAUGUCCGUUGUGAAGAAGGGUGAUGAGUACGACAUCAAACUAGAGCUAACGGAACCCGAAUUAAGUGACUCAGGACUAUACAAGUGCAACAUUAAGAAUACCCUCGGGGAACUCAAUGCCAACCUCACACUUAACAUUGAGAUUGUUCCUGUGAUAAAAGACAAGCCAAAACUCAUAAAGAUUGUGAAGAAGAAGACUGUUGUCAUUGAGUGUACCGUUGUAUCCAAAUUCAAACCACAAGUAACGUGGCUGAAGGAGGAGAAUGUCGUAUCUGAGAGCAAGAGGCAUCAGGUGAAAGUUGAAUCAACGAAAGAAGGUGAAUUUGCAGUUCAACUUGAAAUUUGUCCAGUUAACGACGCCGAUAAGGGUAACUAUCGCCUUGUUGUAAAGAACGAACGUGGUGAGGCCACAUCGCAAACUGUUGAACUCAAGGAUCUUCUCAUUGAAGAUAAGGGUGAACGUCCAAUUAUUGCACAUGGCUUGAAGGCUGUACGUGUGCAGGAAGGUCAAAAUUGGGAACUAUCAGCAUCGCUGAAGAUGACUGAUAAGAAAAUUAAAAUUCAGUGGUACAAAGAUGAAGAGCUGGUACGUGAUUCAACGUAUCGCAUAACUUUCGAUGGUACCACAACGAGAAUGAACGUUACGAAGACCACACGUGAGCACCAGGGCAAGUACAGGGUGGUUGUGAUCAAUGAAUUCGGAUCUGAUGAAUCCGUGGCACAAGUUAAGGUUGAAACUGAGGAUAAAAAGGAGGAAGAAGAGGAGCAAAUUGAGGAGGAAGAAGAGGAGAAAAUUGAGGAGGAAAAGAAGAAGGUUGAAGAAGAGAAGAAGAUUGAGGAGAAGAAGAAAAAGGAGGAAGAAAAGAAAAAGAAAGAGGAAGAAAAGAAGGUUGAGGAGAAGAAGAAGAAGGAGGAAGAAAAGAAAAAGGUCGAGGAGGAAAAGAAGGUCGAAGAGGAAAAGAAAAAGGUCGAAGAGAAGAAAAAGGUUGAAGAAAAGAAGAAGGUGGAAGAAGAGAAAAAGAAAGAGGAGGAAAAGAAGAAAAUCGAGGAAGAGAAGAAAGAAGAGGAGCUCAAGAAGAAAACAAAACUCAAGAAGAAGGAAGAAGAAACCAAAAAACUCGAAGAGACAAAGAAACUCAUCGAAGAAGUCAAGGCUAAGGAGGAAGCCAAUGUUACAGAAGAAUCAUCAAUUGAAGUCAAAUCCCAAUCAAGACGUAGUUCAGUUCUUCGUGAAGAAAUUGUUGCUGAAAAUGGCAAAGUUUCACGCCGAUCUUCAUUGCAAGUUGAAGAGGAGGCAAAGACUGAACGGAAGCUGAGUAUAACAAAGAAGGAGGAACCCAAGAAUGAGGUAGAUAGGGAUGAGAAUGAAGGUGAGAUUGAGCCGAAGAAGACAAAGCUGAAGACACGUGUUAAGAAGACGGAGGAUAAGCCAAAGGAGGAGGAAGUUGAGGUGAAACCCGAGAGUAAACCUGAAAAGGCUAAACUCAGGAAAGUUGGGGAAAAGGCAAAGGAUGAAAAGCCCGAAGAGAAGGCGAAGAAGUCUGAAUUGAAGAAGGCUACAAUUGAUGAAGAGCCUAAAGCCGAUGACGUCAAUGAUGAUGAUAUUUGGGGUGGUAAAGAAGAAAUCUUACCAGAGAAGAAGAAGUUAGGUCUGAAGCCUGAUUCAAAGGCAGAACAGAAAGAAGAACAAAAACCGAAAGAAUUGAAAUCAAGCCUGAAGCCUGAUUCAAAGGUAGAACAGAAAGAAGAACAAAAACCAAAAGAAUUGAAACCAAAAGAAGAAUUAAAACCAAAAGAAGAACUAAAGCCUGAAGAAAAACCCAAAGAUAGUCUAGGAGUUCAGCCAAGAGGUAAAACCGACGAAGAGGCAAAGCCUGAAGCUAAGCCUGAUGUAAAGAAACCAAUUCGCCUUGAGAAAGUCAAGGAGGCUCCUGAAGAAAAGGCUCAAGAAGCAAAGGCUGAGGUGGAAAAGCCCAAAGAAAAAGCUGGUUUCCUCAAACCCAAAGUAAAGAAACCCGAAGCCGAUAAGCCAGAGGAGAAGCUUCUUGACAUUCGUGGUGGUUUGAAGAAGAUUCAGCAGAAACCAAAGGAAGAACCCAAGGAGGAACCAAAGAAGACUAAAGUUAAGAUCCCAAAAGCGAAAAAAUACGAAGAUCUGCCGGAAAUUCCAGACUAUGAACGUCCCGAAUUGGAGCAGUAUGAGAAGACAGAACUUGAGCCGCAUAAGGCGGAGAAGUCUCAGCCAACGCCCGUUGAGAAGGCAAAACAGGCAACACUGGAAACAAUGCCGGUGGAAGAGAAGCCUGCUGAUAAAUAUGAGAGGAAGCCACAAGAAAAGGUAACGGAGGAGAAGGAACCAACUAAACUCCAAAUACCAAAGAUACAGAAAGAAAAGGAAGAACCCGAAAAGGUUGAGGCAAAGAAACUCAGGGAAACUCCCAAAAUUGAGAUUCCAGAUAAGCCCACAAAGGAGGAAGAAAAAGAAAAGGAGAAGGCAGCAAAGGCAAAGGUUAAUGGUGUCAAGACGAAGAAGGAGAAGCCAAGUGCCUACGAGGAUCUCCCCGAAAUCCCAGAUUAUGAGCGUCCUGAACUCGAGAAGUACGAGAAGGUUGAUGUGGAUAAAGCACCAAAGAAGGACGAGGCUAAACCCAAACUUCCCGAGAUUAAGACUGUCCCAACCAUUGAAGCUCCUACCAUUGAGGCACCAAAGAUUGAAGUUAGCCGUGAUAAGAGCCGCGAAAAGAGCCCCCUGAUGGAUCGCAAGAGUUCCCUAGCUGCACCUGGGUCUGGCCCCUCAAGUCGUCGUGGUUCCCUCAUUCCACCCGAUGAUGGUCUUGGUCGACGUCCAAGUCUCAUUAUUAACGACGAGUCAAAACUGCGACCCGGCGAAGUGUUAGACCCCAAGAUGAAAAAAGGUGGACGUCCUGGUGAACUGGAGUCAGCAAAUAAGCAGCGGCGACGACCUUCCGUGGAUCUCAGACGUCCCAGCGUCCAGGAUCUCGAGGAUAAAAUCAACCAACCGUCCACGCCACUUCGCGUGAUCGGUGAGGUUGGCCCACCGGCUAUUGUUGAUGUCCAGGAGAGCUACUCAGCCGUGGAAGAUCAAACGGGCUACCUCACGGUACAGGUGGAGGGCAAUCCUGCUCCAACGUUCAAAUUCUACAAGGGCGUGAGUGAGAUUUUUGAGGGGGCCCGCUUCAAAUUCUUAACUGACGGCGAAACCAACUCCAUUACCCUGUGUAUUCGGAAAAUUAAGCCCAAUGAUGAGGGCAAGUACAAAAUUGUCAUAUCCAAUUGCCAUGGGGAGGAUAGUGCUGAGAUGCAGCUGUAUGUCAGCGAUGCUAGCGGUAUGGACUUCCGUGCCAUGCUUAAAAAGCGGAAGUACGCCAAGUGGGCGAAGGACCAGACAGAUCCAGAUUGGGGUGACCUGAAAGAGGUGGAGAAACCACUGCCGGCACUUAAGAAAGUCGAAAAGGGAAUUGGAUCGCGACGUCCCUCCUUGGCUGAAUUAAUACCCGAUUGGCCCACUUUGCAUCCAUUUCAACGUCAAGAGAAGCAGGAUUCAUUCCUUCGGCCAUUGAUUGAUCAGCACGCCAAGGAAGGCAAGGAUAAGAAGGUUGUCUUCGAAGCUGGAUUCAGUAAGCCAAAUUGUAAGCCGAAAUGGUUCUGCCGCAAGGAUGAACUCUUCCAAGGUGCUAAGUACAAGUUCAAAAAUGAAGCUGAAAGCUACCAACUGAUCAUUAUGACGCCCAAAGUGGAGGAUACAGGCAAGUACACCAUUGAAAUUGGCACCGUGUCUUCAACGGCCUUCCUCAAUGUGGACGAACCUGAUCCAUCGUACACCUUCACGAAGCCCCUGAAGAAGAAGUACGACGGUUUCACGGAGCACGAUCUUACGCUUGAAUGCGCCGUCAGCAGCAACAUGGCCAUGGUAUCGUGGUGGAAGGGUGAUGAGCGCAUCGAGGAUGGAGAUGAAUUUUCCAUUUCAAAAGAACUCUCAGGCACGUGCAAGCUGUACAUUAAGAAUUGCAAACUCACCGACACGGGGGCGUAUAGUUGUCGCAUUGAGAAGCAACCCGAUCGUACGGAUACAAAUGUAAAAGUCGUUGAGUACCCGUACAAGUUCACCAAGGUGCUCAAGUCACAGCAGCUAAUUGAGAAGGACACCGUGACGCUGGCUUGUGAGUUGGAUGAUGCUCGCGGUGAGGUGAAAUGGUUCAAAGGGGAUGAGGAGAUCAAACCCGAUAAGCGUGUGCAAGCCGUUAAGGAUGGUAGGAAGAGGAAGCUCGUGAUUAAGGAUGCCAAGGUGACCGAUGCUGGGCACUACCGGUGCACAACGAAUGCCGAUGAAACCAAAGCUGAAAUCAUCAUAAACUACAUGAAUAAAUUCAAUAAGAAACUUAAAGACACCGUGGCUGUGGAACGCGAGAAGCUCGUGAUGGAAGUUGAGUUGCAAGAUCAAACAGCCCCGGCUGACUUCAAGUUCAAUGGCGAACCGAUAGUGCCGAGUGAUCGUAUUGAAAUUAAAAAUCUUGGCGGUGGAAAGCAUCAGUUGAUCUUUAAUAAUCUCAAAUUGGAAGAUGAUGGUGAGAUUACGUGCGAAUCGGGUAAAUUGACGAGUAGCUGCAAGCUUACCGUGCAAAAGGGAGAAUCGAAACCCAUUAUUGACUUCCCAAGUGAAGUUGAGGCACCUGUUAGUCAACCUGUUGUCCUCGAAGUACCCUACAAAGUUGAGGGGACAAGACAGAGUCCAAUUGAGGCAAAACUCAUUAAGGAUGGCAAACCAUUGCCAACAAAGGAUGUGGAAGUGCAAAUAAGUGAUAAUAAGGUCACAUUUAAGAUUAAGAAACCAUCGAGGGAUCAAUCGGGUCCUUAUCAAAUUCGCCUUGGUAAUGCCCAAGGGGAGGAUGUUAAGGACAUCAAGUUAACAAUUCAGGACGUACCAGCACCACCACGUGACGUUGAAGUUAAGGAUGUCUUUGAGGAUUCAUGUGUUGUCACAUGGAAGGCCCCAGAGGAUGAUGGUGGCUCCCCAUUGACGAAGUAUGUGAUUGAGCGCCAAGAUCUCAGCCUUAAGGGUGGUUGGGAUGGUGUUGGUGAAGUACAACCAACAGCCAAGCCACUCACCUUCAAGUGCACCGAUCUUGUGCCAAAGAAGCAAUAUCGCUUCCGUAUUCGGGCGGUCAAUAAGCUAGGGCCCGGUGAACCGGGUGCCUUUAAGAAUGCCGUCCUUGCACGCAAUCCAUGGGAUGAGCCAGGAAAACCACGAAAUGUGGAAGUUACAGAUUGGGAUGUUGAUCAUGCUAAGCUGAAAUGGGAACCACCUGAGAGUGAUGGUGGUGCCCCAAUAACAGGCUAUGUAAUUGAGGCAAAGGAGAAAUUUGCCAAAGAAUGGACAAAAGCCAAAGAGAUCACAGAUCCAAAUGUUCUCGCAGAUCGCGUUGAUGGUUUGAAGGAGAAUGGGCAGUACGAAUUCCGUAUUCGUGCUGUUAAUAAAGCCGGCCCAGGUGAACCAUCAGACACAACCAAGCCAAUUAUUGCUAAAUGUCGCUUCGUUAAGCCCUUCAUCAUUGGCGAUGGUCUCAAGAACAUUGUGGUGAAGAAGAAUCAAGUGAUCAAGUAUGAUAUAAAAUACGGCGGUGAACCUGAGCCAGAAGCUAAAUGGAGCAAAGAUGGCAAGGUGAUCACAGAAGAUGCCGAACAGAGGAUAACAAUUGAUAAAUACGAACGUAACACCGUGAUAACCGUGAGGAAGUCUGCACGAGCUGAUUCAGGCAAAUACACACUCACGCUGACUAAUAGUUCGGGGACAAUUGAGUCCACAGCGGACGUGAUAGUGCUGGAUCGUCCUACACCACCAGGUGGGCCACUUGUACCUGAGGAAGUACGAGCGGAUCAUGUUAAAGUUAAAUGGAAGAAACCCAAAGAUACAGGAGGAUCAGACAUUACAGGCUACGUCCUGGAGAAGAUGGACAUGGAGACUGGACGAUGGAUUCCAGCUGGUGAAUGUGGUCCUGAUGAUGAUUCAUUCACCUUUAAGGGUCUAACACCGAAUAAGAAGUACAAAUUCCGCGUUAAGGCCGUUAAUAAGGAGGGUGAGAGUGACCCACUUGAGACGACCGAACCAAUUUUGGCGCGUAAUCCGUAUGAUGAACCUGGAGCACCUGGGAAGCCCACAAUUGAUGACUACGACAAUACUUCGGUGUCGCUGAAGUGGGCACCACCGGAAUCCGACGGAGGACGCCCCAUUACUCACUACACUGUUGAGAUGAAGGAUAAAUUCUCACCUGAUUGGACGGAAGUGGCAAAGACGGAGGGUCCAACGCCUGAGCUAAAAGUCGAUGGACUCAAAGAGCGCCAAACUUAUGAAUUCCGUGUACGUGCACACAAUAAGGCAGGUCCUGGGAAACCAAGUGAAGCUACAUCACCACAUCUCUGCAAGCAUCGCAAUCUUAAGCCGAGAAUUGAUAGGAAUACCUUCAAGAGUGUAACACUUAAGGCUGGGAGGACGCAUAAAUGGAGUGUGGACGUUACAGGUGAACCACCACCAACACUCACGUGGAUUUGGCGCGAUGAUAUCCCUCUAACAAAUACAGAGAGGAUUAAAAUUGAAAAUGUUGACUACCACACGGACUUUACAAUUACAAAUUGCCAAAGGCGCGAUACGGGCAAAUAUACGUUGAGAGCCGUUAAUGCUUCGGGUAAGGAUGAGGAGACCGUUGAGCUGUGUGUCCUGGGCAAGCCUAGCUCCCCACAGGGACCCCUCAAAGUUGAUGAUAUCCAUGCAAAUGGGUGCAAACUCAAAUGGAAGAAGCCAGAAGAUGAUGGUGGUACCCCAGUGCGAGAGUAUGAAGUUGAAAAAAUGGAUAUGGCAACGGGUAAAUGGGUACGCGUUGGCAGGAUCCCAGCUGGUGAUAAGGAUGAGCCAGAGAUGGAGAUAACUGGCCUUAUCCCAGGCAAUGAGUACAAAUUCCGCGUCAGCGCGGUUAAUGAUGAAGGUGAUUCAGAUCCACUUGAAACAUCCCAGGCAAUCACAGCAAAGAAUCCCUUUGAUGAACCCACAAAGCCUGGAACACCUGAAGUCACCGAUUGGGACAAUGAGAGUGUUCAGCUCAAAUGGGCUCCACCAAAAUCCGAUGGUGGAGCACCAAUUGAGAAGUACGUUAUUGAGAAGAGGGAAAAAGGUAAGCCUGAUUGGGAGAAAGCUGCUGAGGUGCCUGGAGAUAAGACAGAUGGGAAGGUUGAUGGACUCCGUGAGACAGGAGAAUAUGAAUUCCGUGUUGUUGCUGUUAACAAAGCUGGUCCAUCACCUGCAUCUGACCCAUCUAAAAUGCAAGUUAUCCGCCAUCGUGCCCUCAAGCCACGCAUUGAUCGAACAAAUCUCAAGACAGUCAUUAUUCGUGCUGGGAAAUCCGUUAAAUUUGACGUUGAUAUCCGCGGUGAGCCACCACCAGAAGUCACCUGGUUCCAUGGGAAGGAUAAACUUGAGCCCAGUAAGACUGUUUCAAUUGUUAACGUUGACUACAACAGCAAAUUCGGCAUAACUGACGCUGUUCGAAAGCAAACGGGCAUUUAUAAAAUUCACGCAAAGAAUCCUCAUGGUGAGGAUGAGGCUGAAGUGGAGAUUACCAUCUUGUCGGCGCCUGGAAAACCCAAAGGACCCCUCAAGGUGCAAGAUGUCACGAAGAAUGGAUGCAAAGUUAAAUGGGAUAAACCUGAAGAUGAUGGCGGGAAACCCAUAACAGCUUACCAAGUUGAGAAACUCGAUACAGCUUCGGGGAGAUGGGUACCAGUUGGUCGUACUGAUGGCAAUGCCAAGGAAUUGGAUGUUAAAGGUCUCACUGAGGGUCAUGAUUACCAUUUCCGCGUUAAAGCCAUCAAUGAAGAAGGUGAGAGUGAACCACUCGAGACAGAAACCUCAAUUACAGCAAAGAACCCAUAUGAAGCACCUGGGAAGCCUGGUGUGCCCAAACCUGAUGAUUGGGAUGUUAAUCAUGUUGAUUUGGUGUGGGAGAAACCAAAGAAUAAUGGUGGAGCACCCAUUACGGGGUACAUUGUGGAGAAGAAGGAGAAAUUCUCAACAACAUGGGAAGAAGCACUCACAACUGAUACCCCUGAUACAAAGGGACGCGUUGAGGGCUUAAGAGAAGGUGCAACAUAUCAAUUCCGCGUACGUGCAGUUAAUAAAGCUGGGCCAGGUGAUCCAAGUGAUGCAUCACAGCCACAUAUUGCAAAGGCAAGAUUCCUCAAACCGCUCAUUAAUCGUGAAAAAAUGCAACCAAUACGCGUACGUGCAGGGCAACUUGUUAAAUUUGAUGUUGAUGUCAAAGGUGAACCACCACCAACAACAACAUGGUCAUUUGCAGGAAAUAAUCUUGAGAAUGGACCUGGAUGUCGUAUUGAGAAUGAAGAUUACAACACAAAAAUCAUGAUUUCGGAUACAAGUCGUGCUCAGAGUGGUAUUUACACACUUACAGCCGUUAAUGACAGCGGGAAAGAUGAGGCAACAGUUGAAGUAACAAUUUUGGAUAAACCCUCAAAGCCAGAGGGACCACUUGAAGUCACUGAUGUCCACAAGGAAGGAUGUAAGCUCAAGUGGAAGAAACCCAAAGAUGAUGGCGGUUUGCCGCUCACAGCUUAUGUUCUGGAAAAGCAGGACGUUACAACGGGCAAAUGGGUUCCCUGUGGCACUGUUGAUCCUUCAGCAACAGAGCAUGAUGUUAAGGGACUUGAGCCAGGGCACAAAUACAAUUUCCGCGUAAAAGCCGUUAAUGAAGAAGGUGAAUCACCACCACUUGAAACUGAAGGGAGUAUCCUUGCAAAGAAUCCAUAUGAUCCACCAGCACCACCUGGACUCCCAGAUAUUGUUGAUUGGUCUGAAAAUAUGGUUAAGCUCAAAUGGGAGCCACCAAUACGCGAUGGUGGUGCACCAAUUACGGGCUAUCAAAUUGAAGUUAUGGACAAAGAUUCAGGGCAAUUUGUUAAAGCCGUUGAUAUUCCCGGGAAUAAAUGCGAAGGUGUCGUACCGAAGCUUGAAGAAGGUCAAGCGUACAAAUUCCGCAUUAAGGCGGUUAAUAAGGCCGGCCCUAGUGAUCCCAGUGAAUCCACAAAUUGGCACACAGCUAAGGCGCGAUUCCUUAAACCACGCAUUGAUCGUACAAAUCUCAAUCCAAUAACCGUCAAAGCUGGCUUGGGAACGGCUCUCGAUGUUAACAUUAUCGGUGAGCCUCCGCCAAAGGUAACAUGGCUAUUUGGGGAUAAAGAAGUUGAGACAGAUAGCAAUCUUCGCAUUGAUAAUGUUGAUUACAACACAAAGUUCUUCAUUAUGCGCGCCAAAAGGGCUCAAAGUGGAAAAUAUACGAUCAUUGCAACCAAUGAAGUUGGUGAGGAUCGUGCAGAAGUUGAAAUAACCGUUUUGGGUAAACCGUCUAAGCCUAAAGGACCCCUUGAGGUGUCUGAUGUCAAUAAGCACGGAUGCAAGCUCAAAUGGAAGAAACCCGAAGAUGAUGGUGGUGUUCCCAUUGAGUACUAUGAAAUUGAGAAGCUUGACCCCUUAACUGGUCAAUGGAUCCCGUGUGCAAAGAGUACAGAACCUGAGGCAAAUAUUACGGGAUUGCAAGAGGGUAAACCAUAUAAAUUCCGCGUGAAGGCGGUUAACAAGGAAGGUGAUUCAGAGCCUCUUGAAACUGAGGGUACAAUAAUUGCGAAGAAUCCAUUUGAUGAGCCCGGGAAGCCCGGGAAGCCUCAACCAACGGAUUGGGGUAAAGAUUUUGUUGAUCUUGAAUGGACAAAACCCAAGGAUGAUGGUGGAGCACCAAUUACAAAGUAUGUCAUUCAGAAACGCGAAAAAGGUGAUAGAGCAUGGACUGAUGCUGCCACUGUCCCGGGAGAUAAGACAAAGGGAACAGUUGAGAAUCUCGAUGAGGGUCACGAAUAUGAAUUCCGCGUUAUUGCCGUGAAUAAGGCAGGACCUGGUGAACCAUCUGAUGCAUCACGAUCCGUUGUUGCUAAGCCACGACAUUUGGCGCCACGAAUUGACCGGAAGAAUUUGCAAAAGAAAGUCGUUAGAGCUGGCCAACUUUUGCGAAUGGAUGCUGAUGUAUCAGGUGAACCACCACCAAAGGUUGUUUGGACCCUAAAGGAUGAACCACUGAAGACAGCAGAUCGCCUUCGUAUUGAUAAUGAAGACUACAAGACUUCAUUUAUCUUGCAAAAAUGCACGCGUGCCGAUACAGGCACAUACGUUGUAACGGCCACAAAUGAUUCGGGCAAAGAUGUCGUUGAGGUUGAAAUUCAAGUUUUGAGUAAACCCUCUAAGCCAAAAGGCCCCCUCAAAGUGUCCGAUGUUACAGCUGAGGGAUGCAAUCUCAAAUGGGAGAAACCUGAAGAUGAUGGUGGGGAACCAAUUGAUCAUUACGUUGUUGAGCGCAUGGAUACGGAAUCUGGCCGUUGGGUACCUGUAACAACAACUAAAACACCCGAAGCUGAGGUAGCUGGUCUCAAUGAGGGUAAAGAUUACCUAUUCCGCGUAAAAGCCGUCAAUUCCGAAGGUGAAAGUGAACCUCUUGAAACGGAAGCAGCAAUUACCGCCAAAAAUCCUUAUGAUGUUGCCGAUACCCCUGGAAAGCCUGAAUUUAAGGAUUGGAGUAAAAAUCAUGCUGAUCUCAAAUGGACACCACCUGCAUCAGAUGGUGGUGCACCAAUAACUGGGUACAUUGUUGAGAAGAAGGACCCACAUACGGGAAAAUGGCAGAAGGUGGUUGAGACGAAGAGUCCUAAAUGUGAAGCGCGUGUCCCUGAUCUCGUUGAAGGGGAAAAAUAUCAAUUCCGCGUUAAGGCCGUUAAUAAAGCCGGGCCCAGUAAACCAUCUCAGGCUUCUGAAAUUCUCACUGCAAAAGAUCGGUAUGCAGCUCCAAAGAUUGAUAGGACAAAUCUCAAGGAUAUCACAGUUAAAGCCGGGCAACAUGUUAGGCUUGAUGUUAAAGUUUUAGGUGAACCACCACCGAAGAAAUCGUGGUAUUUGAAUAAGGCACGUCUUGAGAGUACGCCAGAGUGCACAAUUGAUGUUGAAGAUUAUAGAACAAAGUUCUACAUCCCGAUUGCUGCACGUUCCCAUACCGGAAGGUUGGUAAUUAAAGCUGAAAAUGAUUCAGGAAAAGAUGAGGCAGGCAUUGAGCUGACUGUCCUUGAUAGACCAUCUAAGCCUGAAGGUCCACUAAAAGUAUCUGAUGUUCACAAGGAAGGAUGUACCCUUAAGUGGAAUCCACCCCUUGAUGAUGGUGGUGUUCCAGUUGAGCAGUACGUUGUGGAGAAGAUGGACACCGAGACAGGACGAUGGGUUCCCGUGGGACGUUGCAAAGAGCCCAAAAUGGAAGUUGAGAAUCUCGUACCGGGGCAGGAGUACAAAUUCCGCGUAUCAGCCGUUAAUGCUGAAGGUGAGAGUGAUCCACUUGAAACGGAGCACUCAAUCAUCGCGAAGAAUCCCUUCGAUGCACCCGGCGAGCCUGGACAACCUGAACCAACUGAUUGGGAUAGGGAUCAUGUGGAUCUCAAAUGGACACCACCAGCUUCCGAUGGAGGAUCCCCCAUUACGGGGUAUGUAAUUGAGAAGCGCGAAAAAGGUGUUGGUCGUUGGCAGAAAGCAGCUGAAGUCCCCGCAACGGAAUGCAAGGGAACAGCACCAAAUCUCGAGGAGGGCGUUGAAUAUGAAUUCCGUGUACGUGCUGUUAAUGCUGCAGGUCCUGGUGAACCCUCAAAGGCAUCAAAGGGUGUUGUGGCUAAAUGCAGGAAACUCCCACCGAAGAUUGAUCGCAAGAACAUCCGCAAUAUGACCAUUAAGGAAGGUGAACCAAUAUAUCUGGACAUCAAAGUUUCUGGUGAACCACCACCAGAUGUUGUUUGGACUGUUGGUGAUAAAUCCCUGAAAUUGGCAACAAAGUGCCGUGUUGAGAAUGAACCAUACAGCACGAAACUCUUCAAUGAUAACCCCGAGAGGAAGGAAUCGGGCGUCUACAAGAUCACAGCAACAAAUAAGUAUGGAACAGAUACGGCUGAAUUUGAAUUGGAGGUGAUUUCAAAGCCUGGGAAACCCGAAGGACCUCUGGAAGUUUCGGACAUUCACAAGGAUGGCUGCACACUCAAAUGGAAGAAGCCCAAAGAUGAUGGUGGUGAACCAAUCGAGGGCUACAUUGUGGAGAAAUUCGAUCCAGAGACGGGUAUUUGGAUCCCUGUGCUCAAAACAGCCGGGAAUAUCCCAGAAGCAAAGGUUGAUGGCCUUACACCUGAUCAUGAGUACAAAUUCCGCGUGAAAGCGGUGAACAAGGAGGGUGAGAGUGAGCCUCUGGAAACAUUUGGAAGCAUCAUUGCCAAGGAUCCAUUUACUGUUGCAACGCAGCCUGGUGUCCCAGAACCCAUGGAUUGGUCUGCAAAUCAUGUUGAAUUGAUCUGGAAGGAGCCUGCAUCCGAUGGAGGCACUCCCAUUACGGGCUACAUUGUUGAGAAGAAGGACAAAUACAGUCCAAUGUGGGAGAAGGCCGUUGAAACGACAUCUGAUGCUCCAACGGCCGUUGUGCACGGACUUAUUGAGGGCAAUGAAUAUCAAUUCCGCAUUAUUGCACUCAAUAAGGCAGGCCCAAGUGAACCAUCCGAUGCCAGCAAACAAUUCACAGCUAAACCACGAUUCUUGGCACCUAAAAUUGACCGAAGACACCUGCGUGACGUCACACUGUCUGCAGGAUCAACCCUUAAAUUUGAUGCAGCAAUUACGGGUGAACCAGCCCCGACUGUUGAAUGGAGAUUCGCCGGAAUGGUGCUUAAACCAUCGAAGGCCAUUACAAUUGAUUCUCCAGACUACAGCACAAGAUUGACGGUGCGUCCAACAACAAGAGCUGAUUCCGGGGAGUACACUGUAACAGCAACAAAUAGCUCUGGGAAGGAUCAAGUUUCCAUACAGGUAACAAUUACAGAUAAGCCUGGGAAACCCGAAGGACCCCUCAAGGUGUCCGAUGUUCACAACACUGGUUGCAAACUCAAAUGGAAGCGUCCCAAGGAUGAUGGUGGAGCACCAAUUGAGUACUACCAAGUGGAUAAGAUGGAUCCGGAAACGGGUUGUUGGGUUCCUGUUGCCAGGGCCACAGAGCCUGGAUUGGAUGUAACUGGCUUAACACCUGGGAAGGAGUACAAAUUCCGAGUUGCUGCUGUUAAUUCCGAAGGUGAGAGUGAACCACUUGAGACAGAGGAGACAAUUGUGGCGAAGAAUCCCUUCGAUGAACCCGGAAAAGUUGGGAACUUGCGUGCAACUGAUUGGGAUAAGGAUCACGUUGAUCUUGCAUGGACACCACCACUUGAGGAUGGUGGAUCACCCGUUACGGGGUAUGUUAUUGAGAAGAAGGAUAAAUAUGGGCAAUGGGAGAAGGUUGCUCAAGUUCCAGCUGAUGCAUGCAAAGCAACAGUUCCUGAUCUUGUUGAGGGACAAGUCUAUGAUUUCCGUGUUAGUGCAGUGAAUGCAGCUGGGCUCGGGGAACCAUCAGACACGUGCACGGUAACAGCUAAACCAAGGAAUCAAGCACCGAGAAUUGAUAGAACAAAUCUCAUUGAGGUGCGUAUUAAGGCUGGACAGAACUUCAGCUAUGACGUCAAAGUUACCGGAGAGCCUGUCCCGAAGACAAGUUGGACUCACGGGAAGCGUGAAGUUAAACCAUCAGAGCGUGUUAAAGUUACGCACGUUGACUAUGCAACGAAGCUUGUUGUUCGUCAAGCUGUAAGAUCAGAUUCGGGAACUUACACCAUCUCUGCUGAGAACAUCAAUGGAAGUGAUACGGCUGAUGUGAAGGUGACUGUCCUUGAUAGGCCUGCACCACCCCGUGGGCCACUUAAAGUUGAAGAUAUUCACGCCAAUGGGGCAACACUCAAAUGGAAUCCACCGGAGGAUGAUGGUGGAGCACCCAUUGAGAAAUAUGUGAUUGAGAAGCUCGAUGAAGCUACUCAACGAUGGGUCCCAUGUGAAGAGACAGACGGCCCCGAGACAAGUGUAGCCGUUAAGGGUCUUACACCGAAUCACAAAUACAAAUUCCGCGUACGUGCGGUGAACAAGCACGGGAAAUCCGAUCCAAUUUCAACGGAUAAAUCCUAUGAGGCAAAGAAUCCAUUUGAUGCUCCUGAUAAGCCUGGGCAACCGGAGAUUGUUGACUAUGACAAAGACUUCGUUCAGCUUGAAUGGGCAAGACCUGAAACAGAUGGUGGAUCACCCAUUACGGGUUAUAUUAUUGAGAAGCGCGACAAGUACAGCGAUGAUUGGGAUAAGGCAGCUGAAAUUGAGGGAGAUGUACCAGCUGGACGUGUUGAUGGGCUCGUUGAAGGGGUUCAGUAUGAAUUCCGCGUAAAGGCUGUCAAUAAGGCUGGUCCCGGUGAACCAAGUACAGCCACAAAGCCCCACAUUGCACGCCCCAAAAAUCUCGCACCGAAGAUUGAUAGGAAAUUCAUGGCGAAUAUUAAAAUUCGUGCUGGGCAGAACUUUGAAUUUGAUGUGCCCGUUAUUGGUGAGCCACCACCAACGAAGGAAUGGUCCCAUAAGGAUAAUAUGAUCAUCAAUUCGGACCGCAUUAAAGUCUCCCAUGAAGAUUACCGCACAAAAUUGCGUGUAAUUGAUGCUAAACGUGGUGAUAGUGGCGUUUACACUCUUGUUGCAAGAAAUUGCAAUGGCACAGACAAGGCGGAUGUUAAGGUUGUCGUGCUGGACGUUCCAGGAGCACCUGAGGGUCCAAUUAGGGCUGAUAAUGUCACAAAAUCCGGUGCAACACUCUUCUGGAGGCCACCAAAGGACGACGGAGGAUCCGACAUUACGCACUACGUUGUUGAGAAGAUGGAUGCCGAAACGAUGCGUUGGGUACCCGUUGGGGAAUGCCAACAGCCAACAAUUAAAGCUGAUAAUCUCAUUGAGGGCCAUGACUACAGCUUCCGCGUGAAGGCGGUUAAUAAGCAAGGGGAAAGUGUACCCCUUGUUACGAGUCAACCAAUCACAGCAAAAGAUCCCUUUGGGCGUCCAGAGAAGCCUGGGCAGCCACAAGUUACAGAUUGGGAUAAGGAUCGUGUUGAUUUGGAAUGGACACCACCAAAGAAGGAUGGUGGUGCACCAAUAACAGGCUACAUCAUUGAGAAGCGUCCGCGUUUCGGAACGUGGGAGAAGGCUCUUGAAGUUCCUGGGGAUGCAACAAAAGCCAGUGUUCCAGAUCUCACUGAGGGUGAGGAAUACGAAUUCCGUGUUAUUGCUGUGAAUAAAGGUGGCCCAGGUGAACCAUCAGACGCUUCAACACCUGUUGUUGCAAAGGCGCGCUACAUUAAGCCACACUUCGAUAAGAGUCUCCUACAAGAUCAGAUCGUUCAUGCUGGGAAGAAAAUUAAAUUCUCCCUGCCAAUUGAGGCAAGUCCUAAGCCAACGGUUACAUGGACGGUUAAUGGGAAACCCCUGGAAGCUGGUCCAAGGGUUGAUAUGCAACUAUCAGGCGACAUUCUUACGUUGGAAAUUCCUUAUUCAGUGAAAGCUGAUGAAGGAAAUUACACGUUGACAAUUUCCAAUGAACUUGGGUCUUGUUCAGCUUCGGCAUCGGUUACAGUCCUCGAUAGACCUGCUAAACCCGAGGCACCCCUUGAGAUUUCGGGUAUUCACAAGGAGGGAUGCCACCUCAAAUGGGGAAUGCCGAAGGAUGAUGGUGGUUCACCGAUCCUCCAUUAUGUCAUUGAAAAGAUGGACCUCUCACGAGGAACGUGGAGUGAUGCUGGCAUGAGCACAAGCCUCACCCAUGAUGUUACGCGUCUAGUUCACAAGAAAGAAUAUUUGUUCCGUGUAAAGGCGGUUAAUGCAAUUGGUGAGAGUGAACCCCUUGAGGCAGCCAAGAGUAUCAUUGCAAAGAAUGAAUGCGAUGAACCACAGGCACCUGGAAAGCCAAAUAUUGAAGAUUGGGACAAGGAUCACGUUGAUUUGACGUGGGCACCACCAAAACACGAUGGGGGUGCACCUGUUACGGGGUACAUAAUUCAGAAGAAGGAAAAGGGAAGCCCCUACUGGGUGACAGCUGCUCAUGUACCCACAAAUACGUGCAAAGCAACCGUGCCAGAACUCACAGAGGGUCAGGAGUAUGAAUUCCGCGUGAUUGCCGUGAAUAAGGCUGGUCAGAGUGAACCCUCAGAGGCAUCGGAUAAGAUCACAGCAAGAGCAAGGAAUGUUCCACCAAAGAUCAUCACACCACUCACAGAUGUUCGCAUUCGUGCUGGGUUGGUGCUUCACGUGGACAUUCGCUUCGAAGGUGAACCACCGCCAGAAGUUACGUGGACAAAUGGUGGGAAACCCAUCACGACAAAUGAACGCACGACGGUUACAUCCGUUGGGCAUCACACCGUCGUUCACACGGUCAAUUGCCAGCGUUCUGAUUCAGGAGAGUACCAUUUGAAGCUCAAGAAUAUCAAUGGGGAAGCUGAAGGGUCCUUCAGUGUCAUUGUUCUCGAUCGUCCUGGCCCACCACAGGGACCUCUUGAGUAUGAAGAGAUCACUGCACAGAGCGUAACACUCUCGUGGAAACCACCAACGGAUAAUGGUGGUAGCGAAGUGACGGGCUAUGUGAUUGAGAAGCGAGAUCUAACGCACGGCGGUGGUUGGGUUCCAGCUGUAACACACGUGAAUCCACGCAAAACUCAUGCAGUCGUGCCACGCCUACAGGAGGGAACAAAAUACGAAUUCCGCGUUAUGGCGGAGAAUUUGCAGGGACGCUCAGAUCCCCUUGUUACGGAUAAGCCAACAGUGGCGAGGAAUCAGUACGACGUCCCCGGGAAGCCAGGAAAGCCCGAACUUGUGGACAGCGAUAAGGAUCACAUUACAAUUAAAUGGGCUAAACCCAUUAGCAAUGGAGGUUCUCCGAUUAUUGGGUACGACGUUGAACGCAAGGAUGUGGCCACAGGCAGGUGGAUUAAGGUGAAUAAGGAGCCUGUGCCAUUCCCUGAGUAUCGUGAUGAUCGUGUUCAGGAGAAUCAUCAGUAUGAGUACAGAGUUUCGGCCGUUAAUGCAGCUGGUGCUGGUAAGCCAAGUGAUGCUUCAGCUGCAUUUGCUGCAAGGCCAAUGAAGGAAGCCCCCAAGCUACGUCUGGACGCCCUCUACGGCAGGAAGAUCAAGGUGCGCGCUGGGGAGCCAAUAAAUGUGGAAAUUCCACUGUCGGGAGCACCACAGCCGGUGGUUGAGUGGAAGCGUGCCGGGAAUCGUGUUGCGGAGACUGGUAGGGUGGCCAUUGAGACCAAUUGGGAACACACAGCUCUGCGUGUCGAGGCGUCCGUGCGUGCGGAUGCUGGCAAGUACACGGUGACGGCGACCAAUGACUUCGGGUCAGAUUCUGGGGAUGUUGAUGUGAUUGUAGUGGAUAAGCCGGGUCCGCCAGUUGGUCCGCUCACGUACAGCGCCACGACACAGGAGAGCGUCUCACUGACAUGGAAUCCACCCGAGGAUGAUGGUGGUGGCGAUAUCAGUGGGUAUAUCGUAGAGGUGACCGAGGCAGGUGCCGAUCGUUGGCGCUCCGUGCCAGGCUUCUGCCCUCGGUGCACCUUCACAGCCCGUGGUCUCACCGAGGGGCAACGCUAUGAAUUCCGCGUGCGUGCUGAGAACAUCUACGGCGUUUCCGAGCCACUCUUGGGUAAGCCGGUGCUCGCGAAGAGCCCCUAUGAUGUUCCCGAAGCACCCGAACGCCCAACCAUUGUCUCCUACACACCCAACUCGUGCACGCUCGAAUGGCGCGCUCCCGAAUACACGGGUGGCCGUCCAAUUUCCGGCUACUACGUGGAGAAGAAGGAACGCGGUGGCGAUUGGCAUCGUGUCAAUAACUACCCAACACCCAAUACCACCUUCACCGUUCAAGAUCUUCGUGAGGGUAAUCGCUAUGAAUUCCGUGUGGCUGCUGUUAAUGAUGCAGGUGUUGGCAAACCAAGCCGUCCUACGGAACCCAUUACAGCUGGUUUGCAGCGAACGCAGCCUGAUGCACCGGAGCCACCGAAAGCUGAUCGUAUUACGCGUGACAGUGUGACACUGUCGUGGCGUCCACCGAGGAAUGAUGGAAAGUCUCGCAUUAAGGGCUACUUGCUGGAGAAGAAGGCAAAGGGUGAUGCAGAUUGGAGCCCAGUCAAUGACACCCCCAUCCCGGGGCUCACACACAUCGUGCCGAAGCUCAAGGAGGGUGAAGAGUACACGUUCCGCGUGAAGGCAGUCAAUGAGGUCGGCCCAUCAGCCCCAAGUCGCCCAUCGGCGAAUAUUUUGAUUGAAGAGCAACCGAAUAAGCCGUGCUUGGAUCUCAGCGGUGUGCGCGACAUUGUUGUGCGUGCUGGUGAUGAUUUCAGCAUUCACGUACCCUUCACGGGCUUCCCAUUGCCCGUGGCGACGUGGUACUCCAAUGAUAAAGUCAUUGAACCCGAUGAUUCACGUUGCUUCCAACGACUCACGGAUGAUGCUGCCAGUAUUGUCGUGAAGAACUCCAAACGUGGUGAUACAGGGCAGUAUCGGUUGCAGCUGCGCAAUCGUUCGGGCUUCGAUACGGCAACGAUUAAUGUGAAAGUUCUGGAUAGACCAUCUCCACCGGAGAAUUUGCGUGUUGAUGAAUUUGCUGGUGAUGCAUUGACGCUGUAUUGGAAUCCACCGCGUGACAAUGGUGGUGGUGAUAUCACGAACUAUGUUGUGGAGAAGCGCGAGGCGAGACAGGCAAAUUGGCAACGUGUCAGUGGCUAUGUUACAACACCAUUCGUGCGUGUGAGGAAUUUAACAGUUGGGCGUGAGUAUGAUUUCCGCGUAAUGGCGGAGAAUCAAUAUGGGCAAUCGGAUCCAGCAACAACUGAACAUCCAAUUCGUGCGCGACAUCCAUUUGAUCCACCUGGUCCACCUGGGGUGCCGCAUGGUGUUGAUACCACUGCGGAUAGCAUAACUGUUGCAUGGAGCCCACCACGACAUGAUGGUGGAUCCCCUGUGACGGGCUAUGUGCUCGAGAAGCGUCUGCUGAGUGAUGAUAAAUGGACAAAGGCCACCCAUGCGCAUAUCCCUGAUUUGCAGCAUCGCGUGCAAUCACUCAUUGAGAAUCAUGAAUAUGAAUUCCGUGUGGCGGCAAUUAAUGCAGCUGGACAGGGUGCCUGGUCGGCGGCAUCUGAUGCAAUUUGCGCACGUGCUCCACCGUGUGUGCCAAAGAUCACGAGUGAUCUCAGUAUUCGCGAUAUAACUGUCCUUGCGGGUGAAGAGUAUCGCAUCACCGUGCCAUUUGUCGCCAAUCCACGUCCACAUGUCUCAUGGACAAUUAAUGGUUGCCCCGUUGCACCAGAUGAUCGUUUCCACUUUGACACGCACGACACUGAGACUAUUUUCUACAAUAAAUGCGCCAAACGCACAGAUACGGGUCCACAUACGAUCACACUGGCAAAUACCGAAGGUACAGAUUCAGCUUCAUGCCGGGUUCUUGUUGUCGAUCGUCCUGGACCACCACAGGGUCCACUGGAUGCCACUGAUAUCACACCAGAUACAUGCACACUCACCUGGCGCGUACCAUUGGACGAUGGAGGAUCUCCAAUUACAAACUACGUUGUUGAGAAGCUCGAUCCAAGUGGUUUGUGGGUGAAAGUUAGCUCAUUUGUGCGUUCAACGCAAUACGACGUGAUGGGAUUGGAGGCACAGAAGAAGUAUGUCUUCCGUGUUAGUGCAGAAAAUCAAUACGGGGUCAGUGACCCACUAACAAUGGAUGAUGGCAUUGUUGCCAAGUAUCCCUUCACAGUACCUGAUGCCCCAUCAGCACCACGUGUCAGUGAGUACGACAGCACAUCGGCUACCCUUACGUGGGAUAGGCCACUGUAUGAUGGUGGAUCACGUAUUCAAGGAUAUAAAAUUGAAUUCCGUGACGUUGAGGAGACAACAUGGCGCACAACGGGCUUCCUCGUCAAGGAUACAACGUACAAUGUGUUCAACUUGCAGCAGGGGCAUGAAUAUGAAUUCCGCGUUCGUGCAAAGAAUGCAGCUGGUUUGAGUAAACCAUCCCCGCCGUCGCAGCGAUUCAAACCACGUGGAAAGAUUGAUGUCCCGUCGGCACCAGGAGCACCACAAGUUGCCCACGUUGGACGCAACUACGUUGAUUUGACGUGGACACCGCCAGAACGUGAUGGUGGUGCCCGUGUUAGUGGCUACAUUAUUGAACGUCGUGAAAUUGGUGGAGCUCUCUGGAUUCGUUGCAAUGAGUACAAUGUAACAGACUUAACGUUCUCCGCUCUCAAUCUCUUCGAUGGGGCUGAAUAUGAAUUCCGUAUUGUUGCCGUGAAUUCAGCCGGACGUUCCGAACCGAGUGCACCAACAGCUCCUGUGAGGAUUUGCGAAGUUGCCGGUGGUGAGAAGCCACAAUGGAUACGUCCACUCAAGGACACGGCUGUGGCACAAGGACGUACGCUUGAGCUCACAUGUGAAGCCCGCGGGAAGCCUGAGCCAACAGCAAGAUGGCUACGCAACGGUCGUGAACUCCAAGGAACACGUCACAUUACUGAAAGCAAAAAUGGUGUCUUCAAACUCACAAUUACUGACUUGCAGCGUCAAGAUGAGGGGCACUACAUCUGUGAAGCAUCAAAUAGUUUGGGCAGUGUGCAGACAACAGCACAUGUACGCGUUGGUGUCCCACCGCGUAUUGACAAGAUGCCCGAUGAAUUGCAUUUGGCCGAACAUGAAAAUGCCAAAAUUAAAGUUUUCUACGCUGGUGAUCAGCCAAUUGAGGCCAAAUUGCUCCGCGAUGGGAAACCAGCACGUCUUGGCUUCACAGUAUUCGAUGAAGCCGUUGCAAUUUACAUUAGAGAUGCCAGAGCUGAUGAUGGUGGACUCUACCAGAUUGAACUUUCCAAUGAGAAUGGCAGCGUGAGCGGAACAUUCAGCCUACGGGUGACACGACCACCUGGUCCACCUGAAGGUCCACUCGAUGUAACAGAAAUCACAAGACAUACAACCACGCUCACAUGGAAGCCACCACUUGACGAUGGUGGCUCCCGUGUGACCCACUAUGUCAUUGAGAGGCGCGAAGUUAAUUCCCAACAAUGGAUAUGCGUCCUCAGCACUGUGCGUGAUACACAGUGUACAGUCCAGGGAUUAACUGAAGGCCAAGAGUACAUGUUCCGCGUAAUGGCUGCAAAUGCAAAUGGUGUUGGUCCACCACUAGAGGGGCUCAAUCCCGUACGGCCGCGUCCACCAUUUGACCCACCAUCGGCACCGGGAACACCGAAGAUUCUCGAAGUUGGCAGCAACUUUGUGCACGUUGAAUGGGAGAAACCUGAGAGUGAUGGUGGAUCGCGUAUUCAGGGCUAUUGGAUUGAGAAGCGCGAAGUCAACAGUACAACAUGGCAGCGCGUCAAUGUCGCUCUGUGUCAACCUAAUCAGAUCAACUGUGCUAAUCUAAUUGAGGGGCGUCAGUAUGAAUUCCGCGUUUUUGCCCAAAAUGAAGCUGGUCUAUCGCCACCAUCAGUUAAUUCCACCUCCGUGAAGACAGUCGAUCCAAUUGCAACGAAAGCUCCUGAAAUUGUUAAACCCCUUCGCAAUGCAAAUUGCAUUGUUAAUCACAAUGCUCAGUUCCAGUGCACAAUCACUGGUUAUCCCAAACCAACUAUUACGUGGUACAAGGGUGCCAGGGAGAUUACAUCGGGAACACGGUAUAAGAUCUACUCAGAAGGGGAUGUUCAUACGCUCACAAUUAAUGACAUUUUCGGCGAAGAUGCUGAUGAAUAUGUCUGCAGGGCAGUCAAUAAGGGUGGUGUGAAGUCAACAAGAGCUGAAUUGCUCAUUAUGACACCGCCUAAAUUGAAUGUUCCACCACGAUUCCGCGAUACGGCAUACUUUGACAAAGGUGAGAACGUGGUCAUCAAAGUUCCAUUCACAGGACAUCCACGUCCAAGAAUUCAAUGGAUACGCGAAGGUGAAGCCAUUGAAUCAGGUGGCCAUUAUCACUGCGAAGUGAAGGAGCGUCAUGCAAUUUUAACCAUUAGAGAUGGCUCUAAACUCGACAGUGGCCCAUACAGAUUAACGGCUGAGAAUGAACUUGGCCAGGACUCAGCAAUUAUUCGCAUUCAGAUAAGUGAUCGUCCAGAUCCACCGCGUUUCCCACUUGUUGAGAAUAUCGGCACGGAUUCCCUGUCAUUGAGCUGGAAGGCCCCCGUUUGGGAUGGUGGUUCCAGCAUAACGAAUUAUGUUGUUGAAAAGCGCGAACCGCCCAAUGCAACGUGGAUUCGUGUUGGUAAUACACGCUUUACAGCAAUGGCCGUGAGUGGUCUUGCCCCAGGGCAUCAGUAUGAAUUUAGGGUAUUUGCUGAGAAUAUUUAUGGGCGAUCAGACCCAUCGGAGAUCUCCACGCUCAUAACAACACGUGAUGUGGGUAAGAGGAAGGAGAAGCGUCAUGAGUAUGAGGUUGAUGAGAACGGGAAGAAGAUCCGCGGGAAGGCUGAUGGGCCAAUUAAGGACUACGAUCAGUAUGUCUUUGACAUUUACUCCAAAUACAUCCCGCAACCUGUUGAAGUUUCCACGGAUUCCGUGUACGAUCGCUAUGAUAUACUCGAAGAGAUUGGAACAGGUGCCUUUGGGGUUGUUCAUCGAUGCCGCGAAAGGGCAACAGGCAAUAUUUUUGCUGCUAAAUUCAUACCCGUUGCACAUGCCAUGGAGAAGGAGCUAAUUCGCCGGGAGAUUGAUAUAAUGAAUCAAUUGCAUCAUCAGAAGUUGAUUAAUCUGCACGAUGCCUUUGAGGAUGACGAUGAGAUGGUUCUCAUCUUUGAAUUCCUCUCAGGUGGGGAACUCUUUGAGCGCAUCACAGCUGAAGGCUAUACAAUGUCUGAGGCUGAAGUAAUUAACUACAUGCGACAAAUUUGUGAAGGAGUCCGGCAUAUGCAUGAGAAGAAUAUCAUUCAUCUGGAUAUAAAGCCGGAGAAUAUUAUGUGUCAAACACGAACGAGUACAAAUGUUAAGUUAAUUGAUUUUGGACUUGCAACACGCCUAGAUCCGAAUGAAGUUGUGAAGAUAAGUACGGGAACGGCUGAAUUUGCAGCUCCGGAAAUUGUUGAACGUGAACCAGUUGGCUUCUACACGGAUAUGUGGGCUGUUGGUGUACUCAGCUAUGUUCUGUUGAGUGGCCUCUCACCAUUUGCCGGGGAUACCGACGUGGAAACACUGAAGAAUGUCAAGGCGUGCGAUUGGGACUUUGACGAGGAAGCAUUUAGGAAUAUUUCCGAUGAAGGAAAAGACUUCAUCAGGCGCUUGCUGGUGAAGAAUAAAGAGAAGCGUAUGACGGCACAUGAGUGUCUCCUCCAUCCAUGGCUUAUGGGUGAUCACAGUGAUCGCACCGAGGCCAUUGAUGGUAGUCGGUACGUGAAGAUGCGUGAUCGCAUACGGGCGCACUAUGAUAACUUUGAGAACUUCCUCCUGCCAAUUGGACGUCUUGCUGAAUACUCCUCGCUGCGGAAGCUCCUCGUGGAUAAAUACAAAAUCCUCGAUACGUCCUUUGAUCGUCGUCAAGCAGCCCCGCGUUUCGUCAUUAAGCCACAGAGUCAGUUCUGCUACGAAGGGCAGAGCGUUAAAUUCUACUGUCGUGUCAUUGCAAUUGCCACCCCGACGCUCACGUGGUCGCACAACAACCAGGAACUCCGUCAGAGCGUGAAGUACAUGAAACGCUACGUGGGUGAUGAUUACUACUUUGUCAUAAAUCGCGUGAAGCUCGAAGAUCGCGGAGAGUACAUAAUUCGUGCGGAGAAUCACUACGGUAGCCGCGAAGAGGUUGUCUUCCUCAAUGUGCACCCAUUACCGAAGGAGACGCCACAGUACAAGGCUGAGCAGCAGCCCGUCCGUCGUCGUGAGCCACUUAGCUACCAAUUGUGGCAGGAAGAGAGUGAAUCAGCACCUAGUUUCACAUUCCUAUUGCGUCCGCGCGUGAUGCAGGCCCGCGACACGUGCAAACUCCUCUGCUGCCUCGCCGGGAAGCCCGUGCCAACUGUUAAAUGGUACAAAGAUCGCCGUGAACUGAGUAAAUACGAAUACUCCAUGACGCAAGCCGAUGGUGUUGUGACAAUGGAGAUUGUUGACUGCAAACCCGGAGAUUCCGGCAAAUAUCGGUGCGUUGCAACUAAUUGCCAUGGUACUGAUGAAACUGAAUGCGUUGUGAUCGUCGAAGGCGAGGGCGGAACACCGGAGCAAGCUCAACUUGCCCACAAUCUCCUCUACUCUGGAGAUCGACGAUACAUUGAGCAACACAUGAAGCCAGCACCACCACCCAUUGUGAACGUGCGCAAAGUAAACACAUCGAAUACUACCACAACUAGUUCUAAUUCAACUACAAAGACUGCAACAAAUUCACAAACGUGCAUUUCAAAUUCAAUCGACGAGAAAAAGUCCACAAAGAAGUAUGGCCAGAAACUCGAUGCUCCCGGAAGUCCAUCGAGAUCACGAAGUGCCACAAAGGAAUUAAUUCUUCCACCAGAUGAUUCACUGAUGUGCAAACCAGUAUUCACGAAUGAACUGGCAGAUCGUUCAGUACGUGACGGUGAGAGUUUAACGCUGAGUUGCACGGUGAAGGGUGAUCCAGAUCCACAAAUUGUUUGGUCAAAGAACGGCAAGAGCCUGUCGUCGUCGGAAAUUCUCGAUCUCAAGUAUAAAAAUGGCGUAGCAACGCUCACAAUUAAUGAGAUCUUCCCCGAAGAUGAGGGUUUGUACGUUUGCACAGCCACGAAUUCCAUUGGAUCCGUGGAGACACGAAGCAAACUCACUGUGAUUCCAAUGGACAAUGGCAUUGCAAGUCGUGCUGUUGCAAGUGAUAAACCACCACGAAUUGUGAGUCAUUUGGAAUCACGUUUCGUCAAUGAUGGGGAAGCCGUUCAGCUGGCAUGUCGCAUCAUUGGUGCUGAGCAAUUCGACGUGGUUUGGUUGCACAACAACAAGGAGAUUAAACCCUCAAAGGACUUCCAAUACACACGUGAAGCGAACAUCUACAAAUUGGAGAUUGCAGAGAUCUUCCCCGAGGACUGUGGCACGUACACAUGUGAAGCUUUCAAUGAUGCCGGCGAGAGUUUCAGCUCGUGCACAAUUAACGUCGUCGUAGCGGGUGAGGAGGUCAAAUCGCCCGCUUUUGACACCUUCCCUAGCUCAAUUACCGUCCAAGAAGCUGAGCCAGCACGCUUCACGUGCGCCUUCGCCGAGGCUCCGCUACAGCUGAACUGGCUCAAAGACGGCAAGCCCGUGAAUGAGAAUAGUGCGGCGUACAACUUCACAAAAGAUGGCAAUAAGUUUACAUUUGAAAUUGCCAAAUGUAGCCAACUCGAUGUUGGGCAAUACCAAGCGAAGGCAGUUGGAAAGCGCGGGGAAACCUUUGCUUCCUUCUCCCUCAAUGUCUUCUAAAAGAGAAUUCUCUUCUUAAGUAAAAAAAAAAUCUUCUAAAAAAUAAGUCCUCAAAUAAAAAAACUCAAUCAAUGCGUCCUCAAAAGCGUCCUCGAAACUAAUUUCUUUUUUUUAUUAAACAAAAAAAAUAAAAAUUAUUUGUUGCUCCUGCCACCCACUUAAAUGCUCCUGAAGUGGGUGGAAAAAGAAAAAGAAAGAAAGAAAAAGAAUGAGAAAAACUUACGAUUUACACACACAAUGUAGUCAAAUUAUUUAUAUUAAAAAAAUUAAUUUUCUUCUCCUCCUUUUUUUGAUGAAUAAAACACGACAUUUGAAUGUAAAAAAAA